AUGCCCUCCGUAAUUUUAAGAGCUGAGGACAACGGUUGGGGCUAUCGUGGAUGUCAAGACCAUACUGUGUCUGGUCGCACCUGCCUUGCAUGGGAGAAGCGCUUGGCCCACCUGGAGUCCCGUCUCAAGUCUGGGGCCAACGAAAGUCACAGAACAACUCUAAAUCUGACGAGUUCUUUCUGCCGCAAUCCUGAUAACUCUUCCACGAUCUGGUGCUACGUGGGUGAGGACAAUGUGGAGUGGGAGUUUUGCCAGCCCAAGGCGGAGGUGGUUUUCCAGACAACCUUGCGGCUUCUGGGGCAGGAGACAGCAGACUUGCGGCUGUCCGGGGACCGCGACACCUGCAGAGGUUUGCAGGAGUUUGCAGUCCUGCACCCAAUGAAGGCCACUUGGGGCAGCUGCCGCAAGGGAGCCCGUGACACGUGGCGCUUCAUGCCCGUGGCAACCGCUCCUGGGAGAGCCUUGCUACAGUUCACAGGUAAUGGCCGGCAAGAGUGUGCUGGUAUGGCGGGCGAGAUGCUGAACUGCUAUGAGCACGACCUCAAUCAGCUAGUGCCCAUGGAUUCCCUGCACGAGAGCAUCAGCCGCUGGACAAUGAAGGAGCACGGACAGAAGGAGCAUCUCUGCGGUGUCGACGAACAUUCGACCUGCUAUGCCAGACCGGCCUCUUCGAACGCUCUGCAAUUCCUGGUCUCGGUUGGUAAAUUAGGUGAUCCUGUGGGCCAGCACUUCAUCUCCAAGAUCCAGUUGAAGAACACUUCAACACCCAACCAAUUCCGGUACAGUGCCUGGCCUGGGCAUACAGUUCUGUUUGUGAGUGCCAAGGACUCAGAGCUCUACCAACUGGAGGCCCACCGCGUCCAGUGUGCACGUGGCCAGGUGGCCUUCAAGUCAUGCGGGGCCACCAGCUACCAGUAUGAGUACCGCUGCUGCGACGUCGAGGGCAUGGGCGGCUGUGAGCUAGAGUUGACUCCCUGGACCAAGCGAGAGCCCUCGAGCCAUGGUCGAAUCGAGGCUCUGGCGGAGCACGUUCUGGGCUGCCAAGAGCAUUGGGUCUUGACUCAUUUCGUGCUUGAGGCCAAGGAUCCCGGCGAGAGCAAAUCAGAGGUCCGCUAUUUGUUCACCUGUUGUCAGGUGACCGCCCAUGAGCCGAUGUCUGUUGUAGCCACAAAAGAUCCGAUCCCACAGUCCUACACAGACUUCGAAGGCAACUACUUCCCUACAAAUCACGUUGAGGGGCGGCUGUUCUACGAGGCUUUCUAUCACUUCAACCGUGACUCCGUGGGCUCGGUCCAGAACUUCAGCUUUGACCCAUUUAAGGGCCACUGGUGCCUUUUCUACAGCGAGGCAGGGGGUCCACGGCGCACCGCCAAGUGCGUGGCUCAGGGGAGCAUCCAUCCCUUGCAGCUGGUCCCGGGCCUGGGGGACCCUUUCGAGGUGAAGAGCCUGGGUCCAAUCCGUUCACAGCAGGAGCCAGGCGCGCCCAUGAAGGAGCUGAAGAUCGUGAAGUUCAAGACGCCGCCACGGAUGACUCAGCGAAAGCUGGAGAAGCUCGAGCUUGAGAGGAACAGGCGAUGGACCACUUCACCCCAUCUAAGGAGAUGA